AUGGUAUUAGUUACGAAACCGAGAAACACGAAUCGUAUCGGUCAACCGCCUGUGCGGCCACUGAAUCAGCGAACUCGCAAGUUGCAACGGGUGCAAACUCAGUUCCAACAGCAACAACCACCCCAACAAAUACCGCAGCAACUCACCAUUCGUCCUCCGCAAGCCAUUCGCCCAUCUGAACCACAACGCCAGCAAACUCAGCCGAUCAGACCUCCUCAACCGGUUCGUCCGUUCGUUCCUAAUCAACAGCAACAGCAAGCAAGACGGGUAUUUAGCCAAUCAGUUGAUUCACAUCUAUUCUAUUCCAUCUUCCGCUAA